AAUAUCGAUAGCAGGCAUUUGUCACUGCACAUUAAAAAAAAUGAAAACACGGAAUAGAUAAAAAUAUAAAAUAAUAAAAAAGUCAAUUAUCAUUACGAUAAAUUUGAAAAAUUUUAAUGUGGAGAAUGGACUCAAAUACUGACAAAGGCACAUCAGGACGCACAACAAGCUCCAGUUCGACAAAUAACGACAAAAUGAAUUACGCAUUACAAGUAGCGCUCCAAACAAUGAAAGAACGGUGCAUACAGUUGCAGCGUCAGGUGUCAGUUAUAGAGGAUGAGAAUCAGCGCCUGCGGGACGGGAACACGCAUGAAAAGGCGUUGACAAAUAAGAUAACCCAGGGUAAAGUUGAAGACAACCGUGAUGACGCUGUAUCAUUGCGUUGUCAAGUGAAUGAACUGCUACGACAGAAGGAGAAACUUGAGCAUCAAAUAAAUAUGGUGUCUGAUGAAAAUCGCAAAUUGUGGUCGCGUCUAUCGAAAAUAUCGAAAGAUAAUUACCAAGCACAAUUGCCAAAAGAGAAUGAUAUUGGAACAGUUAAUGCUUCUAUGGGCUCCAAUCACAAUCUAAAUUUAAUUCGCUCCAAAACGUUUACUCAGCACUCACCAAAUCCACACUUGCGGAAGAAGGUGAUAUCAGAAAGGAGCUUUGAGGAUAUUACGUUAGCUGGUUUUGAUACUGGCGAAGAGCUAGCCUAUGCGUAUGGGCUGCAAGUGAAUGAUGCCAUCAGUGAUCCAGAUGCCAAUAUCGAUGCGAGAAAAUGCAUGGAGGGAUUACAGGACUUGCGUCGUGAAGCCAUGAAGCAGCAACAAACGCUUAACGUAGUAUAUACUCAGCUGGAAAGUCGUUUUGCUCUUCGUCCUUGCCCUGACUGUGCGAAAAACUCUGCAAUCAAACCGGAAAUGGCCGAUAAGAGCUUAGAAACGGAAGAGAGACUGACCACCGAUCUAAAGGCAUAUCACAGUGAAAAUUCCACAAGCAGCCAAUUGCAUUACACCUUCACUGGUCACCCAACCAUAUCACAAGGAUCCUUGCCCCGCUCUAAUAUAUUGCAAGAAAAAUUGAAGGCAGAUGUCAUAGAUAAAACUUGCCCAAUGUGCGGCAAGUUGUACUCUAGCCAAGUGCCUUUCAAGGCAUUUCAGGAACACGUCGAAAUGCACUUUAUUGAUGAUACACCAGACGCAGAUGCCAGCGUGGAUCGGCAGUUCGAGUUUAUUUCUCAUGCUGUUGGCGAUUUUUGAUCCAAUAACCUGUUCUAUUUUACCACAUAAAUUUAAUGACAAUAGCUAAGAGCAAACUGAUCCAUAAAUUUUAAGGUUCAAAAACAAUGUCACAGGUAAUACAAUGUUCUAGAUUUCAAAAGUAAAUAUAUAUUAAACCAAAAAUUUAAUUCUUUUGGU